UGGAGCGUCACUAGCCAGCCCGAGACGCGGCGGGCGGGACAUGUCGCCGCUCCUCCUCGCUGUCCUCCUCGCCGUCCCUAACAAGGGACAUCUUCCACGCAGGCUGUUUGCCUCCGUCGGUGAUGCCGCUUCUGGAAAGAAACACGCCCGGCGACCCAAAAGGGUUGCCUAAGGUCCCCGUGCCCCCCCUCAAGCAAACCCUGGACACCUACCUGAGGGCCGUGCGACACCUGGUGAAGGCGGAGCAGUUCGACAAAACCAAGGCCAUGGUGGAGAAGUUUGGUGCUGCGGGUGGUGCUGGGGAGGUCCUGCAGAAGAAGCUCCUGGAGAGGAGGGACAACAUGGACAACUGGGUGUACGACUACUGGCUGGAGGACAUGUACCUGAACAACAGGUUGGCCCUCCCGGUCAACUCCAGUCCGGUCAUGGUGUUCCCUAAGCACACCUUCAAGGACCGUAAGGACGCCCUCAGAUAUGGCGCCGGUCUCAUCAGAGGUGUGUUGGAGUACAAGGCCCUCAUUGAUACGCGGGCGCUCCCGGUGGAGUUCGCCCGAGGCCAGCUGGCUGGGACUCCUCUGUGCAUGGAGCAGUACGGCCGCCUGUUCACCUCGUACCGCUACCCGGGCCUGAAAACAGACACGCUAAAGGUCCAGAUGAACGCAGCCUCCUCGCCAUCGGAGCACGUCAUCGUGGCGUGCAAGAACCAGUUUUUCGUGUUGGAUGUCGUCACCAACAGCAAGCCCCUCACCGAGGAGGAGAUCUCAUCCCAACUGGAGAAAGUCAUGUCGAUGGCAGGAAAUGAGGAAGAAAGAUCCCCUCCUUUCGGUAUCCUGACGUCCGACGGGAGAACAGAGUGGGCGCGAGCCAGGGACGUCCUGACAAAAGAUCAAACCAACAGGGACUCUUUGGGACUGAUGGAGAGCUGCCUGUGUGUGCUUUGCCUGGAUGAACCCAGCGGGAUGAAGCCCAGUGACACAAACCGGGCCCUGCUGAUGCUUCACGGUGGCGGUCAGGAGAAAAAUGGUGCAAAUCGCUGGUACGACAAGUCCAUGCAGUUUGUUGUAGGAAUGGACGGAAUAUGCGGAGUGGUGUGCGACCAUUCCCCGUUUGAGGGCGUCGUUCUGGUGCAAUGCUCAGAAUAUCUGACUAAAUACGUGGCCGGGACUCCAUCAGAGGUCGGGAAACUGGCCAGCGCAAGAAAGCUUCCUGCCCCGAGAAGACUGCUCUGGAAAUGCAACCCACAAAUCCAGGGACUGUUUGCGGCAUCAGGAGAGCGACUCCAGAGGCAAACUGAAGACAAUUUGAAGACAAUUCCGUAUUUUAAAGUCUCGUGUCGUUCCUCCAGGCUGGUGAACAAUCUGGACAUGGAGGUUUUCGAAUUCAAAGACUACGGAAAAGAAUUCAUCAAGAAGCAGAAAAUGAGUCCAGACGCGUUUGUGCAAGUCGCCCUGCAGCUUGCAUUUUUCAAGUGCAACGGAAGGCUGGUGUCCACGUACGAGAGCGCGUCCAUCAGACGCUUCCGAAACGGCCGGGUGGACAACAUUCGCUCGGCGACUGCCGAAGCCUUGGCCUUUGUCAAAUCCAUGACGGAUGAGAGGACCGCGUACGCCGAUUCAGAAAAAAUGAAAAGACUGAGGGAUGCUAUCAAUGCCCAGACCAACUACACCAUCGCAGCUAUAACAGGAAUGGCGAUAGACAAUCAUCUCCUCGGACUACUGAAGACCUCAAAGGAGCUUAACAUGGAGCGGCCCGAGAUCUUCUGCGACGAGACCUUUCUGACCAGUAACCACUUCAUCCUUUCCACCAGUCAGGUGCCGACCACCGUGGAAAUGUUCUGCUGCUACGGCCCGGUGGUGCCCAACGGCUACGGCGCCUGUUACAACCCGCAGCCCGACCACGUGGUCUUCUGCGUGUCCAGUUUCUGGGAGAGCACGCAGACCAGCUCGGCGGUGUUCGCCAAAGCUCUGAACGAGGGCCUGCUGGAAAUCCGGGAUCUGUGCAACGCCGCGACCAAGGACCAGGGAAGUGGCAAGCCUCACCGAUCAGGGACAUAAGAGGGAUCAUAUGUGCGAUACAGUUCCUUUCACACCGAGAUGCAAGGCCUUAUCAUCAUCACGUGACUUUCAUAUGUACAGUAGAUGUGACUAGAUUAGACUUGUGUGUGUUUUGUGACUCAGCAGACGGAGCAGUCUGCUGCCUUUAGGAAAACCGAAGCCAUGUCCUCUUUACGGCAACUCCUCUAUCAGACUGUGGCUGACAUGAGUGAUCCCAAUGUUCUCCAACAUAUAUCCACGCUGUAGCGUAGUCCAUGUAGAGCAGGCCUGGGCAAUUUAGAGACAUUUAGAGGAAAAGAUGUGUCUGGGGGGCCGGUAUAUAUUAAUUUUUAGGAACACUAAUACAAAACCUCACAAUAAUGUCUGAUUGAAUGCUAAAAAUGCCUUAAAAAACGCAAUGGAAUUGUACAUUUUUCUAUGAAGGAUAAAACACUGAAUAUUGACAACAUAUGAACGUCACACCCCCUUUCGAUCGACAUAUUUUACAAUCAAGUGAAACGUAACAAAGUGAAAUAUGAACGCGAAGGGUACAAAAUAAACCCACCUACAAUCUGAUACAUCUGAUAUAUCACUAAGUUGUGAAAAUCUCCUUCCGCGUCUGUGGAAACGCUCCCCGCCCACACUGCUUGGUGCCUCGUCUGAGCUGCUGUGACGUAGAUGACCAUAGUAACUAAUUAGAUGACCAUAGUAACUAAUUAGAUGACCAUAGUAACUAGUAUAUCAUCCCAAAGAGCAGAUUCCAACCAUUGAAAUACUUGGUAUUAGGGAUGUCCGAUAAUGGCUUUUUGCCAAUAUCCGAUAUUGUCCAACUCUUUAAUUACCGAUACCGAUAUCAACCGAUAUAUACAGUCGUGGAAUUAACACAUUAUUAUGCCUAAUUUGGACAACCAGGUAUGGUGAAGAUAAGGUACUUUUUAAAAAAAUGAAUCAAAUAAAAUAAGAUAAAUAAAUUUAAAAAAAAUUCUUCAAUAAAAAAGAAAGUACAACAAUAUAAAAACAGUUACAUAGAAACUAGUAAUUAAUGAAAAUGAGUAAAAUUAGCUGUUAAAGGUUAGUACUAUUAGUGGAGCAGCAGCACGCACAAUCAUGUGUGCUUACGGACUGUAUCCCUUGCAGACUGUAUUGAUAUAUAUUGAUAUAUAAUGUAGGAAGCAGAAUAUUAAUAACAGAAAGAAACAACCCUUUUGUGUGAAUGAGUGUAAAUGGGGGAGGGAGGUUUUUUGGGUUGGUGCACUAAUUGUAAGUGUAUCUUGUGUUUUUUAUGUGGAUUUAAUAAAAAAUAAAAAUAUAAAAAAAAUAAAAAACCGAUACUGAUAAUAAAAAACCGAUACCGAUAAUUUCCGAUAUUACAUUUUAACGCAUUUAUCGGCCGAUAUUAUCGGACAUCUCUACUUGGUAUAGUUGAAGACUUACGGUCAUUAGACAACAUGACUGCACAUCAUAAUGGCAGCUACACUUUCCAUCUUAAAGAUCUCAAGAAAUUAUUUGGGAAUGUCCGGCGGGCCAGAUUGAAAA